AAACUGCAUUUCAUUUAUUUUGGGUAAAACUUAACUCAACGAUAAAUUCUGGUUAUCUUCUCUUCCUUUCCCCUUUCAUGAAAUGCCGUCGCUGUCGUCCGGUCUCGUCACCGGCGGAUUCUCCGCCGCCUCUGUCAGUUAUCUCUAUUUCCUUUGUCAUGUUUAGUCUUCUCCAUUGUUUAUUCUUCACCUUUUUCUCACAUCCCAUUUUUGUGAAACCCAAAAUCCCCCCUACCCAAUGCUUCUACCUCGUGAAGAAAAAGAAGGCGAUUCGGGUCUCAAAAUGGGUCGACCCCAUCUCCUUCCUCUAUAAAUCUGAGCAAUAAUGAAAGCUACAAUACAAAGAGUGAACUACGGUAACAAAUUGAGCUAAUCAUUUUAGGUUUAUAAGUAUGAGAUUUAGGCAGAGAAAGAAAGUGAACAACAAAAUGGUGACCCCAGUGGAGCAUGUAUCUAUCCCUCAUGACCUCCCUGAGUUCUUUAAGAUUUUUCACCCUGAAAUAUGCUACCCCCAACUGAGAAUUCCACCUGCCUUUAUCAAGUUUUUCAAUGGAGAUAUUCCUUCAAUAUGUGUGCUUGAAGAUCUAGCUGCGAGAACUUGGAAGGUGGUUGUAGAAAAGAACGACAGUGAUUUCUUUUUCAUGGAAAGUUGGCCAGACUUUGUGUUGUAUAAUAAUUUGGAAUAUGGAGAUUUUCUAACAUUUUCAUAUGCUGGAAACUCGAAGUUUUAUGUUAAGAUAUAUGGGAAAAACGGUUGCCUAAAGGAGGAUGUAACAGCUCUCAAAGAGCCUGAGCUGCUUCCAUUGGUAGAAGAAAAAGCACGGGGAAAAAGCAUUGUAGCUGAGCCUGCUGAUCAAACAGAUAAUGGGUCAGGAGACAUGGCUUCUUCAGUCACUUCAUUUGAAAUUGUCAUUAAGGCAUCCCACUUGAACAGAGCACGCUUGAAUUUUCCAGCUCCAUUUGGCAAUUGUUACUUAAAGAGGAAGAAGCGGCCACUUAUGGCUACUCUUCGAACUGAUAGUGGUAGCUGGACGAUUGUUCCUCAAUAUUAUGAUAGAUUGGAACUUCGGGAAGGGAUGCAGAAAUUUAUAGACGACAAUGCUUUGCGCGUAAAUGAUGUUUGCCGAUUUAAGCUGAUUGAUGAUGAGAAGUUAAUACUGAAAGUUCGCAUUAAGCGUCAGCCCAAGUAAAUUAGUCAAAUCUACAAGCAAUAUCUCGUUUUUGGACCAAAUGUUUCUGCCUGAGAAAGGCAUUAGUUGAUGUUUUAGAGCUUUUAUGUCGAUGAAUUUACAACGUUCUAUGGUAUGGUAUUAAAACUAUUAACUAUUCCCUCCGUCC